AGUUAGACAGAAGGGGGUAUUGUUCUUCAAGACACUCUCCAUGGAAACAGGGGCUUUUUAACUGUUUAGAUGUGUUUAGUUAUUUCAACGGAUUACAGGUAAUUCUGUACCUGGUUGGCCGGGUGCCCGGCCCUUGUUUGUUUUGUGCCUGUUCCUCUGGAAGUCGAGAGGCCGACACGAGUGUUCUGAAGUAGUAAAGGUGAGCCGCUUCAACAGCCGCGCGUACCCAGCCCCUCUCCACCCGUCCAUCUGGCAAGAGACCCGGAAAGAAGACUUGACAAAAUGCCAUUUAGGACGACACAUUAAUACUGUUAGCCCAAGGCGGUCGAUGUCGUCCAGGAGAGAAUGAAUAACAACUUCAUUUUUUGUUUACCUUUUUUUGUAACUCGAUAAGGUGUUUGACAGUGUAGAAAGACUUGGCUAAAACGCCAGACUUGAAGGAAGUUCGGGAAGAUCGUGGUGAAAGGAAUUGAAUUGGUCAAAAACGUUCUGUUAUAAUUGGUCAUAGUGGUCUGUUCCCGGGUUGUUGUUUGGUGGGGCUUUCCACUCCAGACUAAACCAUGUCGUUACCAGCCAUGGGUAUGAACCGGCAGAGUCUCUGCUCGCUCUUUCACGCUUGUGAUGUGGAUAAUUCUGGACGGAUUGAAAAAGAGGAGUUUUUCCAAAUCUGCUCAGAGCUCCUUGUCCCGCCGACGGAGAGAGAGCACAUUUUCUCUAAACUGGACAUCGACAGAGACGGGACAAUCAAUCUAGCGGAGUUCAUGAGCGGCUUCCACCGGAUCUCUGAGCAAGUGUACCGAGGGGACAUGGAGAGCAAGAGCUGGGGAGUCUCCUCUCAGGCCUGGGAAGAUUUCCAGACCCGACUAGGGGACCAUGCCCGGUUCAUACCCAGGAAUGAGCAGGCAGCCACGCUGUACCAGAACAUCAGUAUGACAGAGCCCAGGAUGGUGCCUCAGUAUGAGAGAGUCAUUAUGAGCUUCACAAGAGAGAUCAAGCAGCACAAUGCUGAGAUGGAGAACCUGGCCCUGGCUGUGAAACGAGCCCAUGACCAAGCCGCCAUGCAGCUCAGCGAGAUGGAGGAGGAGAUGGAUCAACGCAUCCAUGCAGCUGAGAACAACACACAGCAACAGGAGGCCAAGAGGACUGAGGCAGCUCUGAGUGAGCUGAAGAGACACUAUGAGUCUGAGGUGUGUGAACUGCAGCACAAGCUCCAGAAGAUGCAGCUGAUUGAAGACCAGUACAAGAACAUCAACAUGAAAGAUGAGUCUUCAACCCUGAAGAGAAAGAUCAACGAACUGACUCUGGAAAACCAGCGGUUGAAGCAGGAGUUGAUGCAGUCUCAAACUAACAUAGCCUUCCUUCAGAGUGAACUGGCCUCUCUGAAGAGUGAUCUGACAGACCACAGCAUCAACUCUGAGCGGGAUGAGGCGAUGAUGAGAGACUUCUCUGAUGAGAGGGAGAACCUGGAGCGACAGAUAGAGAUCCUACAAACAGCCAACAGGAAGCUCCAUGACAGUAACGACGGGCUGCGCAGUUCCCUGGAGAACACCCUCAGCAAGAGCAAUAAGCGUGGUAGCAGUGCUUCCCCAGCCAGCACCAUUAGCAGGAGGAGCAAGAGUAUCUGUUACUCAUCUCCAUACCGUGACAGGUUCUACCAGGCGGGUGUGGAUGGUGUGGAUGUGGACGGAGACCUGCUGGGCCUUUGUGGAGGUGAAGGUGGUAGGAGUUCUCUGGGGUGUCGGCGGCCCAGUCUGGACACCCUAGCCCUGGCUCUGUGUGACCCGGCCAUGCAGGUAAAACGCAGCAGCGAGGUAGACAGCCUGCCCGAGAGCUCCCUAGACAGUGGCAUGUCCACCCUGCGUGGCUUCAACAACGAAUAUGACUCUGAGCAGGAGGUGAAAGGGCACGAGGAGGAACAGAGGGUGGCAGGGAACACAGACAGCCUGGCGGGGGGCCACUCUGACAAUGACGUUGCAGAGAUGCGAGAUGAGAUGGUGUUUGGAUCAGACAGUGAUUCUGUCCUGGACUGGAAACCUUUGGAGUCAGUCAGCCGGACCAGCUCUGGAGCGUCCACACGCAAAGCCCUCUCUGCCAUCACCAAUGAGGGUAAAGAGAAGGAGUCAGCUGACCUGGGCUAUAUGACAUCAGAGAAGGCCUACAGGGUGGUGUUGGCUGGCGAUGCAGCGGUGGGCAAGUCCAGCUUCCUGCUCCGCCUCUGCAAGAACGAGUUCCGAGGAAACACCAGCGCCACCCUGGGGGUGGACUUUCAGAUGAAGACUCUUGUAGUGGAUGGAGAGCCCACCCUACUACAGUUGUGGGACACAGCAGGCCAGGAGAGGUUCCGCAGCAUUGCGAAGUCGUACUUCAGACGAGCCGACGGGGUCCUCCUGCUGUAUGAUGUCACCUGUGAAAAGAGCUUUCUCAACGUGAGAGAAUGGGUGGACAUGAUUGAGGACGUGUCCCAGGAUGACAUUCCCAUCAUGCUAGUUGGAAAUAAGUGUGACCUGAGGGAGCAAGCGCUACAGGACAGUGUCACCUGUGUCCCCACCAGCUUCGGAGAGAAGCUGGCCAUGACAUAUAAUGCCCUCUUCUGUGAGACCAGUGCUAAAGACGGAUCUAAUGUCAUAGAGGCCGUGCUGCAUUUGGCCAGAGAGAUGACCAAGCAGGUUCAUGGGGAUGAGAACCAGGAGUCUGUGACUAACCUCUACAGAAGUCCCAACAAGAAGAUGCCCACUGUCACCUGCUGCACAGGAUAAGAAACCACACAGGAACACUACUAGAGUAACCAAAACUCAGCACCAGAGCAACCACAGCAACAGAACACCACAAUACAAGAAUACUGUCAGCAAAGACAGAACAAGAGAAAAAUGAGACUUCAGAAGAACAGAACACAGGAGAAUCCAGUCAGAACACUUGAGUACCAUAGCACUAGAAUGUCAAACAGCUUAUUUUCUCGUAUGAGAUCAACUGUGCUUGUUUUAAGCUAUGUGUGCAUGCGUGCACGAUUAUGCAAUUAUAUGUUUGCAUGAGUACGUACAUGUGUCUUCUUAUGAAGCCUCUGUGUCGAAGCCACGGUCAUUUGUAUUGCAGAUAGCUAUUGUAUAUAUCAAUGUACAGGUAAUGUCUGAAAAGUACCAUGUACUGGCAAAUUAUAUUCUCAACAAGUCACUAGAAAGCUUGGGAUAGCAGCAAUUUACAUGACAGAUAUGAUGAGGAGAGACAAAUGCAUGUGAUAGGUGGUGAACAGGAGGGUGGGGAAAUGUUAUUUUUACAAUGGAAGAAUGAUCUUAUUAGCAAGCUGUUUAUUGCUAAGGGAUAAGGCGGAGGGAGGACCUACAGUUUUGUAGAUAUAAAUAUAGAAUUUCAUUCUAGUUUUGUGAUAGUAGACACAGUAGUGUCAGAAACAUCCUCCAUGUACAACAUUUGUGAUAAAGAGUAACAACUGCAUGUCAA